GCAGAGAGCGAUAUUAGCUCGGCUGCAGCAGACAUCGUUGCACUAGUAGAGGGGAGACGAUUCCACCGGCGAAGCGGGCGCAGGGAGCCCUGGUAACAAGGAGAGCCACACACUUCAUUGCCCAUUACACCAUACAGUUUUUGUUCUGCUACAGCUCCCAGCACAUCCUGUCUUGAUGAUCAAGUGCCCUGCAGCCCAUGAUUGUCACUGUGUGGUAAGGGAAGGCUUGGAGCAGCAGCCCUAGAAAUGGCAGCCAUCAUGGGGAGAGGAGUCAGGCAGGGCAUGGCAGAGCUGGGUGCUUGAGAACACGUGUUGAGAUUUUAAGGGUCCCCAUGGGCUGUUCCACACACUAACACACUGGAGGUAGAGCACAGGAGCUGAACUGAAUGCGGUUUCUGCUGCUGUCCUGGAGACUUGCUUUCAGAGGGAAAUGAUUCCGCAUGAAUCGCAGUCAGCGCUUUCUUACAGCAGGCAUGUGUUCUGGUGCUUUCAACUGAGAACUGCGUCCCUCCAGCCUGGAGCCUAGGAGAGCGCCCUCCCACCAACGCUCUCCUCGCCUCUCCACCCAACCCCACCUCCUCCAUCUGUGCGUCUGAUCUACAGGUGGGCUCCCUUCAAGACACACACUGAGAGAACGAGAGGGAGUCACCCAGAAGGGAGCAAAGUAUCAAGGAGAGACAAACAAAAACAAGAGCCGUAGACAGAAACACCAUGAAGUCCAACCAGGAGCGGAGCAACGAGUGCCUGCCCCCAAAGAAGCGUGAGAUCCCAGCAAGCACACUGCCCUCGGAGGAGAGGCCUUUGGUGAUGGCACCAGCCAGCGAGAGCCACCGUGGGGGAAACCUGGCAUGGCUCGCCAGUGUGGCCAGUGGUCAUGAGAGCAGUGGGCAGCGCCCCAACGCCCUGCCGGAGCCUGAUGGCCCUCAUUACAAGCCGCUGGUGGUGGAGUACUCACCGCCAUGCUCCACGCAGCCUCCCCAAGGUCCUACCGUCGUGACCACCGUCCCCGCUGUGUACACAUCACCCAUCACGCAGCACAGUGGCACCAUCCAGUACACGCCUCUGCCUCCCAGCCUACACUUCAUCAGCCCCCCGUACGCUACGCCCUACACUGGCUACGUGUCUCCCCUCGCACCACCACCUCCCAUCGCAGCCACCACCAGCUCCCAGCAGCGGCUCGCUGAUGCCCAUGCUGGCUCUCCACCUUCCAAACCUGAGCAGCACCACCAGCUGGGUCGCCUGCCUGUGCCACAUUCCUCGGGCAGCACCCCUCCACCUCACUCCACCCAGUAUGUCCAAAUCUCUGGCUCCCCUCGCACAGCCCCCUCACCCCAGAGCCACCUCCCUCUGCACCUGCACCCUCCCCAGCACACGCUUACCAUGGGCGGGCCCUCUCAGGUCCUGGUUCAGUAUGCUGAUGCACCCUUGCCCAAGAAGGAGGAUACCCAGCCACGUGAGGUGCUAAAUGGGGAAUUGGAGACAGUCCGGCGUUUCAGCCUAUCCCCAGAGUCUGCCGCUGGGAAGCAGGGCAGUGGCUCAGCCAAAGGGGCCCUGCCCAGCCAGCACCACCACACCCACCAUCAGCAGAGCCCACACCACUAUGAGACCCGGCACAUGGUGCUGCCAGCUGAGUAUGCGCCGGACAGCUCUGCAUUGCGGACCUCACUCGUACUAGUGCCCAACAGUCAGAACUCCAGCAGUACCGACCCUGGGGGCACCUUGGGCAAGCUGCCCCCCUCCACACCCCAUGCGGAAAAGGGAGGCAUCUGUGCAGGGAGGCCCAUCUCCCGCACUCCCUCCAGCUCCACCAGCACCUCCCUUCCCUUCCCACCUCCCCCUUUACCUCCCCCUUCAGAUGGUCUGAAGGCAGCGAUCACCACGCUCUCGCCUCAUACAGUAAUCCAGACUACACACAAUGCCACUGAGUCAUUGUCCCUGGGCCUCACAUCUGCCAACUUCUACCCUGCUCAUCAGCCUAUCAUUGGUUAUAUUGCAGGCACAGGGCAGCAGCAGCCACUCAGUUACCACACCAGCCUCCCGCCACACCUGGUCAUCCCUGGGACUCAGCCCGUGAUCAUCCCCGUAAGCGGAGCUGAGGCCACUGGCACGUCCGCAGGGCAGGGCUUUCCUGCGCCACUGCCACACGCAUUUGUCACCUCUGCGGCCCCAAAGGGAGAGCCCUUCGAGCCUCCAGCCCCUUACCCACACCCAGCCGGUGCUGUAGUCCAGGCCCAGCUGCACCUGCCCAUGGUGCCAGCCCCCGCCAGCCUGCUUGCCACACCACCUCCUCCCUCCGCUCCGUCAUUACCACCCUACUUCACCAAGGGCUCCAUCAUUCAGCUGGCGGAUGGAGAGCUGAAGAGGGUAGAGGACCUGAAGACAGAAGACUUCAUCCAGAGUGCAGAGAUCAGCACUGAGCUGAAAAUCGACUCCAGUACAGUGGAGCGCAUCGACAGCAGCCAUACGCCUAAUUUUGCCAUUAUCCAGUUUGCAGUGGGAGAGAAUCGCUCCCAGGUAAGUGUGGAGGUGUUGGUGGAGUACCCUUUCUUUGUUUUUGGUCAGGGCUGGUCAUCCUGCUGUCCUGACCGGACCACUCAGCUGCUGGAACUGCCAUGCGCCAAGCUGUCAGUGGGUGAUGUCUGCAUCUCCCUUACCCUCAAGAACCUGAGAAACGGCUCUCUGAAGAAGAGUCAGACACAGCUCCCAGAAGCGCCCGGCCUUGGACCACCCCUCAAACCACCCAGAACGCCCUCGACCACUACAAGGGGCGCAGGGGCACGCCAUCUGGAGCAGGAGAAUGGACUAGGGCGAUGUGGUGGGCAGAGAGGAACGGGUAGUCAAGGCAACACAGAGAAUGGAGAACUGAGGUUUGGGGAGAGGGGCACCUAUAAAGGUACACCUUCCUCAGAGGCAGAGUGCAUCAGCAAACCCCCCUGCCGUAAGCGGAGGUGGUCAGCCCCCGAGGGCCGCAAGGUGGAGAAGCUGGAGGAAGAGCCCCCCUCGACUCUUCCCAAGCCUUCUUUCAUCCCUCAGGAGGUUAAAAUCAGCAUUGAAGGCAGAUCGAAUAUUGAGGGAGGCACACACAUUGUUGCAGUGAGAUGUGCAGUCUGUGUCACGCUUGAUCCUCACAACCUGGUUAACUGACAAACACUCACUCAGAGAGAGGGGCCGUUCUGUGUUCUUCUUCCCCAGUACUGCCUCCUCAGCUCUCUUACCCAGCUGUCUUAGGUCUGGCCAGACCAUGGAGAAAAAGAAAUACAUGACAAGAGACUUCUGAGACCCCCUUCUUUGGAUGCAAAGGGUUACAUGUUGAUAUCAGGUCCAACUUAACAUCUUUGCCUUGGUUAUUCACUGAGAACUGAACCCAAGGAUUGAUUAACGACCACUGGCUUGGACCCUUGGACCACAUCCCACUUGUGUAAAAAGCUGUUCACACAUCCAAUUUCAUCUUCAUAUAUAGCAAUCGACAACCUUACAGCUGGUGUAUGUACUUAUCUUUAAGAAUUUGUUUUGCUAUGCUAUCAGUGGGGAAAAAAAACAAACAAACAAACUUUGAAACAAAAAAAAUUACUAUUUUGUACCACUAUGUUGCCAAUGAAUGCUCAAUGACAUCUCUGUAAAAUUGUAUUUCACAUAGCUAGCUACCAACCUAGUGUCACUGAAGCUUAAAGUCAGUAAAAAAACUUUACAUAUAAUACAAAGUAAAAUGAUUAAACUGGAUGAUAUACAUUUUCCCAAGAAUGAGAGGGCAGGCUUUUAGAGGCAAUCCCAGUUUAUGUGAACUGCUUUACAGCUGAGGCCAGACACACUUAAAAUAGCUCCACCUAGUGACUCUCAAGUGAAAUGGCACCAUCUCCACAUUGGGUGAUUAGGUCAGAGACGGUGUUUUAGUUAUUUCUACAUGUGCACACUUUUCCUACCACUUCUGUUGCUUUUUGUUCUUUUGGUAUCCCCUUUUAUUUGAAGCUGUUGGUAUGUGAAUUAGAAAUAGCAGAGAGUGACACAGAAAGCCACUGGUCAUUCCAUAGAAAGAGCAGUCUUUGCAACUGUAUUAGUGUUAGGCACGCUGGAUAUGGGUGCUGCAGGUCUUGUCAUAAAGAGAUUUAAUGUCUUCCAUUGGAAGGGGAAUGGAUGCUGUUUUUAGUUUCUUUUUUUUCAGUUAUAAUUUGGGCAGAAGGCAUUGAAGAACCACUUGAAAGGGCGCAGGCUACGGUCCGAAGGCAAUGGUUGGAUAUAGGUCGCCAUAUUGUUUAGAGAGAAUUAGAUGUGAUGAUAUAGCUUCAGAGCUUUGGAGUUACUGGUCUUAUUGUAUGAAGAUACCAUGUUGAAUGAGACCCUCAAAUGUAAAAUCAGUGAAUGUCAUGUCCAAUCCCAAGAUUGUGUUUUCUGGGUGUGACACAGAGGAUUCAGGACAGUAGCAAGAAGCAGUCCAGGAUGAUGGAAUAAUGUAUGUUUUGCACCUUACUUAGUACAAGAAGAAACCAUAUAUAAUUACAUAAAGGCCUAAGUAGGAACUUGUGUUUUGAAAGGAGAUUAUUUUGUUUCAUUUUUUUUUCCAUAUGCGUGCAUACUCUGUAAAUUGUGUAAAAUAUUGUACUUGCACUAGCUUUUUUAAAAAUGGAAACUAAUAUAAAAAUUCAAGAAUUGAAAUUCUAUUUUCUAAUUGUGGUGUGUCUAUUUGUAGGAUACACCCACGUCGGUUUUCUUGGAUUUUAUGGUCCCUUUCUUUGAUGGUGCUUGCCGGUUUUCUAGCUAGAACUUAUUUCAUUAUUCUGAAUAACUAAACAAUAUUUGAUUCAGGUUGUGAACAAAUUUGUUUAAAAAAGAAAUCGUCUGUAUACCAGUACAAGUUUAUUGUUUCAGUAUACACGUACUAAUAAAAUUAGUGCCAAUAGCGAAAUGUGGAUUUUUUGGAAUUUGUGAAACAUUGCUAUGUUCAUUAUGGUUAUUAAACAUGGCUUCAUUCAUAAUGUUAAGAAAAAGACAGUGUUCUUCCUUAGCUGUUGUCUAGUGACUCACUAAACACAAGCUUGUGUGAAAUCAAAUUAAAGAGUUAAAAACUUUG